AAAAAAAAAAAAAAGAAAGAAAAGAAGAACAAGAACACUAAGCUUCUUAACGAAUGACGCAGUAGAAACAGAGAGAACUGCAUAGAAUAGAAACUUCUAUGGCUACCGUCAACAAUUUCUUCCCCUCAGCAUCUAUCACUAGCAGCGGCCGCCCAGUGCUCCUUCCCAACGAGGUUGAGUGCCAACUACUUUCCGCCGUAGACCUUGAAUCUGACGAUGAUCCCAACUUCCCUUCCUUCAAAUCAGGUCUCCUCAUCCUCACUACCCACCGCCUCCUCUGGCUUCCUUCCAAUUCCACAACCCAUUCCAAUGCAAUUGCAAUCCCUCUAUCCCUCAUCACCCAUAUAUUCUCUCCCAAAAAGUCCAUCAAAGCCAUCUUUCACUCCCCUCGUGUUCGCUUCCAGGUCUCCUUGAAUUCCAAGAGCCUUGUUGUCACAGUGGUGGCCAGAGGGAAGGGGGACUGGGAUGGGUUUUUGCCCAAAUUCUUUGAGAAUUGGAGGGGAAGGGCUUGGGAGACUGAUACUGUGGGUUCCAGUACGGAUGGUUCUGUGGCGACUGCGGUAUCUGGUGCAAGUUCUAAUUCGGGUGGGUUUUAUUCAAGUGAUGGGUCAGUAAGAUUGGUGGGAGUUGCAGGGAUUCUAAGGAAGGAACAGGAGAUGUGGGAGAGUACGGACAAGAGCUUACAGGAAGCUUUCCAAGACUUAAAUGCGCUUAUGAGCAAAGCUAAAGAGAUGGUGAUGCUAGCAGAGAAAAUGAGGCAAAAGCUCUUGUCUGGCUCAAACUCGCAAACAUCAGCAGCUAAUGAUGAGGAAAUGGGUUCUAAAGAGGAGAUGCAGGAUUGGUUGCUAAGUGUUGGUAUCAUAUCUCCAGUCACAAAAGAAUCUGCGGGUGCCCUUUAUCAUCAGCAGUUAUCUCGACAGUUGGCAGAUUUUGUCAGAAUUCCAUUAGUAAGAGCUGGAGGAAUGAUCAAUCUUAUAGAUAUCUAUUGUCUCUUUAAUCGUGCUCGGGGCACAGAAUUGAUCUCACCUGAGGAUUUGUUGCAAGCAUGUACUCUUUGGGAGAAAUUUGAUGCACCAGUCAUGCUUCGAAAGUUUGAUAGUGGAGUCAUGGUCAUCCAGAACAAGUCCCAUAGUGAUGAGGAGGUUUUUGCUCGAAUCAAAACCCUUGUUACACAGCCUGAUGCCCUCCAAGGUGGAAUUACUGCUAGUGAUGCUGCAAUGACUUUGGGUAUUGCUCCAGCUAUGGCUAAGGAGCAUCUUCUAACUGCUGAGAGCAGAGGUAUACUAUGUAGGGAUAUAAGCCCUGAUGGCUUUCGCUUCUACAUUAAUCUCUUUCCUGAAAUCAAUUCUGAUGACAUGCACAUGGUAAAAGAUCAUGGGAUUUAUUCUCUGUGGGCUCGAGCCGUAUCUGCUUUGUAAACAUGUGCUGUAAGGUCAGAUAUGAUUUUAUAGUUUUUUUAUCUUUCUUCCGUCAAGAUAACGGACCAGCAUGAUCACCUGAUACAUCAGUGCUUUCAGUUGUUGGGAUUUGAGAUUCUGUAGCAAUUGGCAGAAUUGUUUGGUACGUGGAGAGCUGCUAUUUCUUAUAGGCUGCAGCUUUUUAUCAUUUAAGUCCUGGAUGGAUGGAUGGAUGGAUGGUUCGUUCCAAUUGAUGAAGCAAAGGUGAGAAUUCGCUAUAUGAACUGUAUUUGCUUGUGUUGACGUGGUAAACCUUUUCAAACAGCUGAACCAUUUUGUAUCAGAUGCAUCUGGAAGCAACUGAGCAUUCAUGGCCAAUAAUUUGCUACAGAAAUGUGUAUACAUAUUUCAUUCAGAAUACAAUUCUAAUUUUUGUCUAAAUGAAUAUCACAUAUAUGCUACAACUUAUUUACAAUAAUAAUUUUUUCUCAAAUAUUUGUUU